GCCACAAAACACACGCCCCCGGUGUCCAGCCAGGCUCGAAGGCGAUGGACAACAAGCAGGCGCAAGACCACCGCGCGGAGUGGGUCCCGGGUGUCGUCAUCGUCGGCGCAGGUCCGUCGGGGCUGGCCGCGGCCGCGUGCCUCGCGGCGCGCGACGUGCCGGCCACGGUGCUGGAGAUGUCCGACUCGCUGGCGUCCACGUGGCGGCACCGCACCUACGACCGCCUCACGCUCCACCUCCCCAAGCGCUUCUGCGAGCUGCCGCUGCUCCCGUUCCCGGAGGGGUACCCGGCGUACCCGUCCAAGGACCAGUUCGUCGCGUACAUGGAGUCCUACGCCGCCGCGGCGGGCGUCGUGCCGCGCUUCGGCGUGCGCGUCGAGGAGGCCGCGUUCGACCCGGGCGCCGGCGCGUGGACGGUGCGCCUGGCAAGUGGCGAGGCCCUGCUGGCGCGGUGGCUCGUCGUCGCAACGGGGGAGAACGCGGAGCCGCGCGUCCCGGACUUCCCGGGCAUGCAGCAGUUCGCCGGGCGCGUCAUGCACACGUGCGAGUACAAGUCCGGGGAGGCGUUCGCGGGGGAGAAGGUGCUGGUCGUAGGGUGCGGCAACUCCGGCAUGGAGGUCAGCCUGGAUUUGUGCCGGCAUGUCGCCAAGCCCUCCCUGGUGGUGCGCAACACGGUGCAUGUGCUACCAAGGGAGAUGUUGGGUCUCUCAACAUUCGGCAUCGCCAUGGCGCUGCUCAAGUGCUUUCCCGUCCGGCUCGUCGACCGGAUCCUCCUCGCGGCGGCUCGCCUGACGCUGGGCGACACGGGCCAGCUCGGGCUGAGGCGGCCCAAGACGGGGCCCAUCGAGCUGAAGAACCUCACCGGCAGGACCCCGGUCCUGGACGUUGGGACGCUAGACCACAUCAAAACCGGCAAAAUUAAGGUGGUGGGAGCAGUGAAGGAGGUAACUCGGCGCGGGGUCAGGUUCGCGGACGGCAAGGAGGAGCAGUUCGACGCAAUAAUACUCGCCACGGGGUACAGGAGCAACGUGCCGUCCUGGCUCAAGGAUGAAGAAGAUAUGUUUACAAGAGAUGGCAUACCCAGAAUUCCCUUCCCAAACGGCUGGAAAGGGAGGAACGGGCUUUACACCGUUGGAUUCUCGCAGCGGGGGCUGCUUGGCGCGUCAUCGGACGCCCUCAACGUCGCCAAAGACAUACAUUGUCAGUGGAAAGAUACGGGCAGAUCAACUAAUAACGUGCUUGAAAAUAACAGCUCUGUUUGACUCUAGUGUAAAUGUACAGUAUCGAAGUAGUUGUACUAUGUCUUUAAAAGGUAGCGUUGUGUGCAUAUGACAUGACAACGUGAUUUUUGCUUACCGGAGUGGCCAAUUUAAUAAGAGGUUUUAACAGACAAUCAAUUGACGGUGGUCAAUGUAACAAGGUCAAACACGUGGCCUCGGCGUGUAAACUGCGGAUUUCUUUUACG